AUGUGCUGGAGUUGCCUCGCGGGCCUUGCCAAGGAGGUGCCGAAGCUCCAUUCCAAGAGGCGCGGGGAUGGCGAAGCUGUGGCCAGGGCGCUCGGCUUGCCCACGAAGGCCCCGAGCUUGACCCCUCUGCCGAUCAAGAGUGCAAUCCUGGAGCCCACUUUGGCCAGCUCGCUGGAGGACGAGGUGCUCCCGCGGCGAGAGGCCGAGGCAGAGGCCGCGGCGCUGCCGGCCCCGCAGGGCCAGGCUCGCGAGAGCGGCCAGGAGCUCGAGGCGAAGCCGGUGGAGGCCGAGGCGGCCGAGGUCCGCCCUGGCGGCGCCCACGCGCUGUGCGCGCUGCAGUCGAGGCUCUCGGAGCUGCAGGCCCAGCUGGACGAGGAGCGGUCGAGAAGUCAGCUGCUCGAGGCACGGCUGCUGGCGGCCACGUUGCAGCCGACCUGGGCGGACCCGGCCCUGCAGGCGAGCCCGCGCCUGGGCCUCGCGGAGCGGAUCGCCAAGGACCGCGAGAUCUGCAGCCUCCAGAAGCAGCUGGCCCAGGAGAUCUCCAGGAGCGCAGACUUGCAGUCACGCCUGGCGCUCUGCGAGCCCUCGCCGAGGCGGGCCUCUUUCGACCUGGCCUCGCCCAGAAAGGAGAUGGCGUCGACGCCGCUUUGGCAAGCACCAGCCGGGGCGCAGUCGCCGGCAACAUCGUCGACGCGCGUUCCAACGCCCUCCGAGGCCGCAUCGUCGAUCUCCAGCUCUCCGACGCCCUGCUUCGGGGGGCAGCUCGUCAGGUCACCGUCGUGCAAGUCGGGCGUUUCCAUCCUGAGUGGCCCCGCGCCGCCGCUCUCGGCAAGCCCGGGCUCACGGAGCGGGCCUGGCCACCCUGGAGCGCGGAUGGGGUGGCUGGAGGAGCUGUCCUGGCAGGGCAUGGUUACGCUCGUGCCCGCGGACGCGUCGGCCUGCUUCACCCCGAGGAGCGCCGCGUAUCCAGGGCAGCCAGCGGCGGCCGCUGGCGAGUUGCCCCUGCCUUGCCCGGCGCAUCGGAGCGCUACGGUGUAG